AUGUUGGACUUUCUCUCUGUGUUACGGCAGAAACCUGUGUUGACGCAGACUGAUGUCAAGCAGGAGGGACCUACGAUGACCGGUGGAAAGCUCAACGUAUCUGCUAAAAAAGGCUGUCAAAAAGAGCUGAAAGGGCCUCCAUUCAUCAGCAAGCCAGAGAUCAUCCUCUUUAAGGACUUUGAAGUGGGGAAAACGUACAAGAAGAAAAUCAUCCUGACCAACAUCAGCUAUGUCACGAACCACUGCAAGCUUCUGACAGUCUCUGCUCGACUCAAAGAUUUCAUCUCCAUCAGCUUUGAGCCUCCUGGUUGUUUGUCACCUGGAAUGUCAUGUGACCUGCAGGCCGUUUUCCAACCCAUGAUUAAUGAGGACCUGGAGGGAGAGCUGGAGUUCUCAUCUACAACAGGUCCCUUCUGUGUGCCAGUUAAAUGCAGCAUAAAGAAAUGUGAUCUGCAGGUUGACAGUCCAUUUGUUGACUUCGGUUCACACGUGGUGGGCCAGACUAUUUCACGGACGAUCACCUUGACCAACAAGGGUGCACUGGCAACUGUCUUCAGCCUGGAUACCUCUGAAAGUCUCCCUCCAGAACCUCACCAUGUCCAAAUGUCACCCCAGGACGCCGCCAAAUGCCAGGAGGAAAACGGUCAGAACAAACCAUGUGAUACUCAGAGGAGCUCUGCGAGUUCUCUGGAAAGUGCAGAAGUCCAACCACAGCAGGAGGAUGAGGAGGGUGUUCAGCCAGUGGAGCAGCAGGAGGAAGCAGCUGCAGGGGCUGAAGCUGUUCCUGAGGUUCUCCUGACCCCUGACGUGGACUCGCAUAUAGAUGAGAACGCUUUAGACUCCACAUCCGAAAUACGGUUAGGAAAUAUGAGAGAGGGGGAGAUUGGACCUUUUCAGAGCGUCAAACUGGAGGUCAUCUUCACACCAACCAUCCCAGGAGAAGCCAGGCUGCUCUUCUACAUCAGAUUCUCAGACGUAAACAGCGAACCAAUACCGAUAGAGGUGAGGGGGGCAGCAGUUAGCGUUCCUGUGUGGGUGUCUGAACCCAGUAUGAACCUAAAGAUCUGCAUGUUCGACCGCCUCUACCAGGACACUGUGGUUGUACAAAGCCGAGCCAACACAGCGCUGAAACUGACCUUUGAGGUGUGCCAGGAAAUGAAGAACCACAUCGAGAUACUGCCCAAGAUAGGCUUCGUCCAGGCUAAGUCAAGCUUCAAUGCCCAACUCAAGUUCUUGCCAAGACGCUCUUUACCUAAAGAUGCCAAGGAGUUUUUUGACAGAGAUACUGGAGUCCUGGAGGUUCCACUGACGGUGAACGUUUCAGGCCAGGUGCAGCCGGUGCCUUUCACAGUCCAAGCCAUCGUGACCUCCUCAGAUCUGCACUUUGACCAGACCCAGGUGGACUUCGGCUCCUGCUCCAUUUACCAUUCAGUCCGAAGCAGGAUCCAUGUGACCAACCGCUCACUGCUGCCCCAGGACUUUGGCUUCACUGGGAUUCCAGAGUUUAUUGAAGUCCAGCCUAAUGAUGGUUUUGGCACACUGCUCCCACAAGAGACUACGGCCAUUGAUCUGAUUUUUAGUGCCAAGAAGGCUAAAAAAUACCAUUUCCAACUCAUCUGCAAGUCUGGAAUUAACAGAGACUUCCCUCUGACUUGCAGAGCAGUGGGUGUCCACCCUCCACUGGAGCUCAGCUGUUCUCUGGUCCAGUUUAGAGCCACUGCCGUAGGCGACCAUUCCACGGCCCUCCUCCAUCUGAUCCACCGUCCCCCCCCUGACCACGGUCCGUCCAAACAGCCGGUCCCACCAGUGGAAGGGAAGGCUGCGGCGCCGGUCGGACCCCGCCUGUUCUCCUUCAGUUUGCCUCAGGAUUCAGACAUCAGCAUCAGUCCUCCUGCAGGACGCCUUCUGCUUGGAGAGCGGUGUCCAGUCCAGGUGACGUUCCGACCCAGGCUGUCAGAGCAGGACAUCAAAGCCGAGGCGUGGCGUCUGGUCCAACGGGCCGAGCUCCAGCCUGAGGACACAGCCACGGAACGGCAGGCUCAAAGGGAGGACGUCCCACCAGAGUCCAGUACAGGACAGAGGACAUGUGCAAAUACAGAGACCGGAAAGGUCCCAGACGACCCCAGUGAGGACCACCCAGCUCCUGAUCCUGAUCCUGAUCCUGAUCCUGAUCCUGAUCCUGAUCCUGAUCCUGAUCCUGAUCCCAUGGACAUUCAGCCACAGUCUGAGCAGUACGAGCAGGGCCGGGCCUCUCUGCUGUCGUCCUUCACUCGUCGGUAUCAGGAGUUCACCGUUCCCUGUUUGGUGUCGGACCCUCUGGAGGCUCAGCCGUCAUGGAGUCCCUCCAACACCCUCUACCUGAAGCUCCAGUGUCCUGCUGUACAGCCCCCUCUAGUGGUGAUAUCUGAGAGUGGUCGGCCCAUCCUAGACUUCCAUCAGGUGGCAGUGGGUGAGAAAGUGAUAAAAAAGUGUACAGUGCAAAACAUCUGUACGGAAACACUGGAGUUGUCCUCGUCGCUGCUGGACGUACAUGGCCCAUUCUCGCUGCUAAACGCUCUGAGGUGCAUAAGACCUGGAGAAAAACACACUCUUCUUGUGGCCUUCAGCCCAGGUCUGAGCAGAAAGUUCCAGGAGACCCUGGAGGUGCAGAGCCAGAGGAUGAGCCUACAGAUCAGUGUGUGUGGGGAAGGUGUGGCUCCUGACGUCAGCUGCUCCCACCCUGGAGGAGUCCUGGACUUCGGUCAUGUGAUGGAGAAGGACAGUGUGUGUCAGGUCCUAAAGCUACAGAACAGGUCUGCAGUCCAGGUGGGCUUCAGGGUCCGGUUGGCCGGUCUGGCUCCAUCCGGUCCAUGGUCUGGACCUGAUGUACUGGACCUCCUCCAGGGCACAGACAUUCAGCCAACUGUGGGAGCUCAGAGCUCCAGUGGGCUGAGUGGGUUCAGUGUGGUGCCAGCAGAGGGCAGCGUCGCUCCAGGACAGACUGAGGACAUCAGCGUCGCCUUCCGUCCCCAUCAGCCGUCUGAACUGUGCAGAGCCAGACUGACCGUGGAGCUGAUGGACGGGAGGACCGUGUGUGAGGUGGACGUGAAGGGCGCGGCCGCGUCACACAACGUGUACGUGUGUGGAGCAGACCCGCCCACGCUGCCCGUCGAGUCCCUGGUCCCGCCUCUGACCACCGCCCCCCCGCCCACAGGAGCGUCGGAGGCGCACACGUCCAUCCCUGUGACGCUGACCCUGAAGGCCCGCUGUGACGCCGGGGUGGUCCAACCUGUGGUCCGAGGGCUGCAGGUGGGCUGCAUCCGCUCCACACAGUCCAGUAAGAAGAGCGCUGACUUUCACUGGGAUCAUGUGACGUCGCUGCAGCAGCAGGGCUUCAGUGUGGAGCCAAUCAGAGGCAGCGUGGAGGCGGGACAUACACGCACUAUCAGCAUAACAUGGAGACCACAGCGAGGACACAAGCCCUAUGACGUGGUCCACUCGUGUGUGUCUCUAACCUUAAAGGGGGAUCACAUCCACGUCUACAGAGUCACCCUCUUGGCUUUGGUGUCCAAUGCCAGCGACUGACCUCUGACCUCUGACCUCUACCUGAAGGCCUGACAGCGUCACACACUCUGACAGCGUAUAGAACCCAUUCUGUGUGUACGUACAUGAACACAGCGUU